GGCGUGGCCGGUUUUCCUGCGGGCGGACACUCCGGUGGAGCAGCGAUUCAACCCCCGCAGAAGACACGCGUUGCUUGCUCGUUUCAGCGAGACCGUUCUGCGGUUGAGGGGCGAUGGCUGAUGAAAACCAGGAUAUGGGUGGCGUCCAUUUCCCUUUUCCCUUCCCACCCUAUCCUAUUCAGAAGGACUUCAUGGCGGAGCUCUACAAGGUUUUGGAGGCUGGCAAGAUUGGGAUAUUUGAGAGUCCAACUGGCACGGGCAAGUCCUUAAGUCUCAUUUGUGGGGCCCUCUCCUGGCUCCGUGACUUUGAACAGAAGAGAUUACAAGCAGAGGCUCAUCUCCUUGCACCUGGGUCUGGCCCCACGUGCGAUGGGAAGAACUCGCUCCUGUCUUCCUCAUCUUGCCAAGAGUCCUCUGGCACCCCGAGGCCUGCUGGAGAACCCGAUUGGAUCACUGAAUUUGUCCAGAAGAAAGAAGAAAGGGACCUGGUGGAGAGGCUGAAGGAGGAGCAGGCGAAGAGGAGGAAGCGGGAAGAGCGUCUGCAGCAGGUCUGUCAGGAUGGAAGGCUCAGAUUUGCAGCCAAGCGCAUGAAGCAGGAAGAGGAGGAGACCGAGACUCUCCUUCGCCUCAGCAGGGAGAUGUUGGCUGGUGGGAUGGGACUGGAACAGCUGGAGCAGCUGGAGUGCGGGGAGGAGGAGCUGGUUCUGGCAGAGUACGAGAGUGACGAGGAGAGAAGAGCCAGCAGAGUGGAUGAGGAUGAGGAUGAGGAUGACUUGGAGGAAGAACAUAUAACGAAGAUUUAUUACUGCAGUCGGACACACUCACAGCUGGCCCAGUUUAUACAGGAAGUACGGAAGAGCCCUUUUGGCAAGGAAACCCGGCUAGUCUCUCUUGGCUCUCGGCAGAAUCUUUGUGUGAAUGAGGAUGUAAAAAGCCUGAGUUCUGUGCAACUUAUGAAUGACCGCUGUGUGGACAUGCAGAGAAGCAAACACGAGAAGAACGGAGCUGUGGAAGACAAGUCAAAGAGAAAGAGACGGAAGAUCCAGACCUCUUGCCCCUUCCACAACCAUGAGCAGAUGCAGCUUCUCCGGGACGAGAUUCUGCUGGAGGUGAAGGACAUGGAGCAGCUUGUGUCCCUUGGGAAGGAAGCACGGGCCUGCCCCUAUUACGGAAGCCGCUUCGCCAUCCCUGCAGCCCAGCUAGUGGUGCUACCCUACCCAAUGCUGCUGCAUGCAGCCACCCGACAGGCUGCAGGAAUCAAGCUGCAAGGCCAAGUGGUCAUCAUUGACGAGGCACACAACCUGAUUGACACCAUCACCAGCAUCUACAGCACAGAGGUCAAUGGUUCCCAGCUCUGCCAGGCCCAUUCCCAGUUGCUCCAGUACAUGGAAAGAUACGGGAAGCGUUUGAAAGCCAAGAACCUAAUGUACAUCAAGCAGAUUCUGUACUUGCUGGAGAAGUUUGUGGCUGUUUUGGGAGGUAACAUUAAACAAAAUCCUAGUACACAGAGCCUGCUCCAGACAGGUUCUGAGCUGAAGAGCAUCAACGACUUUCUCUUUCAGAGCCAGAUAGACAACAUUAACCUGUUCAAGGUGCAGCGGUACUUGGAGAAGAGCAUGAUCAGCAGGAAGCUCUUUGGCUUCACAGAACGCUUUGGAGUUGUUCUUCCAUCUGUCUCAGCCUCUCAGGAGAACCGCAGUCUGGAUGGCUUCCAGCACUUCCUGAAGAGCCUGCAGUCAGGGCCUACCGAGGACUCCCUGGAGGAGGGCCAGGCCACAGCCCCUCGGCCUGCCUCCCCUCUGAUGCACAUCGAGGCCUUUCUGGCAGCUCUCACCACUGCCAACCAGGAUGGCAGGGUUAUCCUGAGCCGGCAAGGCAGUGUUGGUCAAAGCAGCCUCAAAUUCUUGCUCUUGAAUCCAGCUGUGCACUUCGCCCAGGUGGUGAAGGAAUGCCGAGCAGUGGUCAUUGCAGGCGGCACCAUGCAGCCGGUGUCUGACUUUCGGGAGCAGCUGCUGGCAUGUUCUGGAGUGGACGCUGACCGGGUGGUGGAGUUCUCCUGUGGUCACGUGAUCCCUCCAGACAACAUCUUGCCCCUUAUUAUAUGCAGUGGGCCCUCUAACCAACAGCUGGAAUUCACCUACCAGAGAAGAGAGCUGCCUCAGAUGAUGGAGGAGACGGGCCGCAUCCUCUGUAACUUGUGCAAUGUGGUCCCUGGAGGAGUGGUAUGCUUCUUCCCUUCCUAUGAGUACCUGCGCCAGGUGCAUGCUCACUGGGACAAGACUGGCCUGCUGGCACGUUUGUCUGUCAAGAAAAAGGCUUCAAAACCCAGACUGAGGCUCAGGACUCAGUCUUUUGUAGCCUUUUGCUGUGUGGCCUUCUUCCUUCAGCUUUUCCAAGAGCCCAAGAAAGCAAGCCAGGUGGAGCAGGUGCUGAUGGCGUAUUCCAAGUGCAUUACGGGCUGCAGUCAGGAAGGAGGGCAUCUGACAGGAGCUUUGCUCCUCUCUGUGGUUGGAGGGAAGAUGAGUGAAGGGAUCAACUUCUCUGAUGACCUGGGCCGGUGUGUGGUGAUGGUGGGGAUGCCAUACCCCAACAUUAAGUCUCCAGAGCUGCAAGAGAAGAUGGCCUACUUGAAUCAGAUCAUUCCUAGGACACAAGGUCAGGUUCCCCCAGGGAAGGUGUUGGUGGAGAAUCUGUGUAUGAAGGCUGUAAACCAGUCCAUAGGCAGGGCCAUUAGGCACCAGAGAGACUUUGCCAGUAUUGUGCUCCUGGAUCACCGGUAUGCCCGCCCUUCUGUCCUGGCGAAGCUGCCAGCCUGGAUACGAGACCGUGUGGAGGUCAAAGCCACCUUUGGCCCUGCCUUUGCUGCUUUGCGGAAGUUUCAUCGGGAGAAAUCACUUCCCCGUCUGGUAUAGGCUCCUCUUUUAUUCUCCCUCCUUGACCUGCCCCUGACCUUUGUGUUUCACCUGAGAUGGUCAGAAGCAGACGCAACCUGUGAAGUCUACACCAGCCUUCCAGAGGCAGUGGAUUCCAGUGUUGUGACUUACACAGAAAAGCCACCAGUACAAAUCAAGUUCACCCUGAAGGAACAUGGCCCAGAACCUCAUUGUCAGGCUCCACAUUCCCUGAGACUGAUUGUUCCCGUGGCGCCUGGCUCAGCUUCAGUUUUUUGCCUGGCUUCAGGAGGCUGUGCAAGCAGCAGCUCUCUGCCCUUUUAUGAGGCGAGGCCCACCCUGCCUUCAUCCUUUCUAGGGACAGUGAGUUGUUCUUGGCGUGUGGCUCCAGUUUGAGCCACAGAUGUCCCUAUUCUGGGCCCUGCUGUCUACAGGGCUUCCAUAUUCAGGCUGUGUUGACUGUGGCUCCAGGAGGAGGUGGAUCUCUCUUGCUUAGCUGCUGCUCCUUCCUCAAGCCAAGGAGACCUCUUCUCUUCAGCCACCAAUUCCACCACACCUACCAUGGCCUCAGGAGCAAUGCUAGGGCCACUAGACUCUUGCUGUGACUACGUUUAGAGCCCCUCUGUCACCAGAGCAUUUUUGGCUAUGGAGAAAUAUCAUCCCUUGCUCUGCAGUAGUUGCUCCAACUCAACUCUUUUUUGAAUCCAGAAAAAAAAAUGCUCUACUUUCUCAGACAUUCUGUCUCAUUGCUCAGACAACCAGGUCAGGAGGACAGCUCACGGUCUGCUGAGCCAUCUGCAUCUGGCAAGGACACCCUUCCCUUAUUAAAUAAAGGGCACUGUUCACCUGGGUA